UUACGCUGAAGACGUGUACUAGGGAACUAGCAAAGGAAGUCAGUUGAAAUACUUGUCCAACUUUAAAGUUAGUUUUUGAACUUUGGAUUUUUAAAUACUAAAAAAAAGUGCACGGUAUAAACUUGAACAAAAUAACUCGGAUUUAUUGAAAAUACAAAUGCGAAAUGAGUUUUCUAAGUUCCAUGCAACAAUAUGUGACAAGUGGGAUUUCUAGUCUCGGUUUGGGAAAUCGACGUUUCUCGCUUUCUCGCCAAGAAUCAAGCGAACUUGAACGUGCUUCUGCUGCAACCGCUACCACUACGACAGCUAUUCAGGCCAACAGCGGCACCAAUGUAGUUGGAGGUGUUGCACUUGGCACCACAGUUGGCGGUGCUACGCAAACUGGAAAUAUUUUUGGAAAUGCAACUCCCACACCUGCAGCUGGUAGCGCUGGAAUCGCUACUACAAGUUUUCCCGCUGGUGGAGUGGUGAUCGGAAAUCCAAAUGCGUCUAAUCCGUUACUGGGGUAUCCCAAAGUCGUUCCACCGCAAGGAUCUGCGUCAACUAAUAAUACGCCUACUCGACGUCAGUCACGUGCUUUAGAGUGUUUAGCUCCAAUGCGAACUGGAUCAUUUCGUCAGCGGAAUGCAGCGUUACUUCAACAAGAUCCACCACCUCGUGCCCCGUUAGCAUUUUGCAAACGGCGUUUAUCAUGGCCUGAGGUUGAUCCUCGCUCAAAUUCCGGUGUGCAGGAGACUGAUGGGUCCUAUUUUGAAAACUUUACCUCGUUAGGUUGGAAGCGAGAAAAUCGUCGAAUGUCAGCAACGCGUGCUGCUGAGGCACGUGCUGAAGCCAACCCGGAAAAUGAACGUGAUCCACAACCGCCUGAAGAAACAAUUGAUAAGCAAGAGGAGAAGGAGAAAUUAUAUGUUGAAGUUUUGCAUACAAUUGCCAAUACCGUAGGAGCUCCUGCACCAGGUGGACAGUUUGCUCAUUACAAAGAAGAAAUGUAUCUGCAUGCGCAACGAGCAUUCGGGGUAAGUCCGGACAGGCAUUAUCGACUUUUACACGCCGCUGCUGAGGAUAAACAAAAGAUAAUUGUACUAUCGGUAGUUGUGAUCGAAGCAGACGGACUUGAAGCUAAAGAUGCUAAUGGCUUUUCCGAUCCCUAUUGUAUGUUAGGGAUUCAACCAGAUGGGGGUCCACCUGUUUCUCCACUGCCUUUACCCCCCACACCACGUGCACUUUCUGCUGACGUGAAUACUUUUGAUAAUGCAAAUACUGAUUCACCUCCCCAUCGAAAACACAGCUUUCGCUUAAGCUUCAAGCGACGUGAGGCUGGCCGUCGUGAGCAGAGAGACUCGUUGGGUGGUCCAGUACCAGCAAAAUUUAUACGUGCGACUUCAAUCAAACCACACACACUAAGCCCCAAGUGGAAUGAGAAAUUUAAAUUUGAUAUUGAUGAUAUUCAUACAGACACAUUUCAUUUGGAUAUUUGGGAUCAUGAUGAUGAAAGCUGCGUUAUGGAUGCAGUAUCUCGCUUGAAUGAAGUGCGGGGUGUACGUGGUUUAGGUCGAUUUUUCAAGCAAGUUUGUCAAUCUGCUAGACAAGGUUCACAGGACGAUUUUCUUGGUAGUGUAAAUAUACCAAUUGCUGAUAUACCAUCGACUGGAAUGGAAUGUUGGUUUAAACUGGAAGCACGUAGUCAUCGUAGUACUGUACAAGGACGUAUACGUUUGAAGCUUUGGCUGUCAACACGAGAAGAUCACGGAACUUCCGAAGAGGAUAGUGAGAUUGAAAUCACUAAAAUUGAAAAACUACAUGCAGUAUUUAUGCAGCAUGAGGUGUCCACAUAUGAGCCAUCAUGGACAUGGACAGGAGAUUUGCCUGGACCAGCUUUAACAAUAUUACACCAAUUAGCUGUACAAGCUGACCUAUCUGAUUUACACUGCGCUAUGGCUAGAUUUGUAGCUGCUGUUAAGCUUAAUCGGACUACACCAUUGGAUCCAAAAUUUGUACAUCGACUUUUAGGGGAUGUUGAAAAACAUUGGAAUCAUCCAAAUCAAGAAGCUCUUACACGUGACUUGGAGCAGUGGUUGGCUGAAGCGAUGACCGGAUUUGUAGAACGGUCUCUCAAUCAAAUUCGAAGACAUAGAGACAUUUUUCCCGCACUUAAUCCACCAUCUUUGAUACGUCUGGAAUUCUUGCUACGUUGUUUGGGCUUAUUAGGAUCAAUGAGGGCUUUCCGUGCUGUUUGUCCUUUUAAUAAAGGUGUUCGAGGUGAAGUUGUAAACGCAUUACGUAAGGGCUCUGUAAUGUGGGGACAAAAUGUGUUACGUGAAUCACAAUGCUUACCAAAUCCCUUGGCGAAUUUCGUUACAACUGUUACAGCAGAUAUACAGUUGGGACAAUCUUACUACCACGCUUUGUUCGAUAACACAAACGGCAUCCAAUAUUUUUCCAUAAUAUAUAAGCAGUAUGAUGCAAUGGUGGGAGAAGAAGUGUACACGCGCAUGGCUUCUGGCCAAGUGCCGGGCAUAAGAAUGAAUUUAUCUCAAUAUGCUAUUCAGGAAGGAGAAAGUGAACUUAUAGAUAUUAAACCGUUUGAACUGUUUCUUGCGUUGCAAGAGUUUUGUCAAUUGAAGCGGCACCUUUCGGUACAGCCGCAACCACCUGAGAAUCCAUUAUCAUUAGCUAACUGUCAUGAAUGGUUUAUACCAACGCUUGAACGAUGGAUGAUGAUUAGCAAAGUGAAAGCGUUGCAACGAAUACGAGCCGCCAUACGCAUGGACGCUAUUUGUGAAGGUGAGCGUGUUGUGAGGUAUAGUUCUUCGUCGGUAGAUACAGCAUCCACUCUAUUGAAUAUUAAGGAAUUCUGGAAAGUAAUAAGUUGGCCUGAAGAAGAAACAGCAAUAAUGUUAGAGUCGCAGCUUAUUGAUGUUGUCUGUUCAGCUGCUAUGCACUAUUGCGAUCUUGUUCAUACAUCACUCGCUGAUGGUGGUUAUUAUGAGCAACAGGGUCCAUUUCGUUGUUCUGAUGAUAUGUGUGUAACAGUUAAUAACUUGGAGUAUGUGCGACGUACAUUAGCGGAUUUUCGUUCAGAUGAACAGCCAUUGGAGGAAGCAGCUGAUAAUUUACUAGAAUCUAGCUUGACACAUAUGGAAAAUCGAUGUGAACGUAUAUUAUCAAAGUUGGCACCUUUAAUGCAGAUGUCCCUGCAAAAAGCAGUGUUUCAUUUAGCAUGGUCACCAGAUUCAUUGCCAGCAAAUCAGGCUAUUGUGCCAUUGUUGGAGUAUUUAGAUUGCCAUCUUGCAGCGCUCAAUAGUGCAUUGCUAACAAAAAACUUUAACCGUUCUUUACGAUUUAUUUGGAAGACUGUGCUUUGUGAAAUGUCACGCCAAAUGGAAACUGGUGACGAAAGUGAUAAGCCAUCAAACUUUCACAAACGUUUAUAUGAGGCGAUGCAACUAUUAGUUGAUUUUUUCCAUGCGGAAGGACAAGGCUUAUCGCUAGAGUGUUUACACACAGACGACUUUUGGCGUAUUGAGCAACGUCUUCAAUUUCAUAAAACUGAAACAGAACGGCUAAUGGAUAUGUUUUAUUUAAAUCGUUUGAGAGAGCAGUUAGUCUCUGUAACACCAGGACCGUAUGGGUCGCUUACUGUACGAGCAUAUUUCAACCAUGAUUCACUUUGCGUUGAAGUGUUACAUGGAAGAGAUAUUGUACCAUUGGAUCCGAAUGGAUUUAGUGAUCCAUUUGUUAUAAUUGAACUAUUGCCUAGAAGGAUUUUUAUGCAUUGCAUCGAACAACAGACAAACGUGCACAAGAAAACUUUAAAUCCAAUUUUCGAUGAAUGUUUUGAGUUCUCUGUCAGCCUGGAGCAGUGCUUAACCGAAGGUGCUAUGAUUUGCUUUACUGUAAUGGAUCACGACGUACUCACUGCAAACGAUUUCGGUGGGGAGGCAUAUUUGGCUUUAGGUACAAUACCAGGCGUUGCUGACUAUAACACCAGUGUAGAAAAUUUUCACGGGCUGAAACAAAUAGAGUUACCCCUUAUGCAACAACGAGACAAGAAUGAUCCAAUUCUACAAAUUUUGGAGUUGCGAGUCAAUGAUAAGCAAGCCCAAGAUUUUGUGCGUAAGCAAAAAUCUCGGUUUAUAAGUUAAAAAGCCUGCAAGAAACAGAAUCAUUUAAAAACGUGUUUGGUUGGAGUAGUAAAGGAGCUCUAACAGAAAUACAUGAAUGUACUUGUGGCGAUGAUGGUAUUAUUUUAUCAAAAAUUGAGUUUAAGUUAAGUGGAACCUCAAAUAAGCAAAAUUUCGGCAACCAACCAAUAACCACAAUGAUUGAUGCUGAUAUUAAAUUUGAUGAUAAUAUCACGAAUAUCCUCAUAUUAUUAGAAGGAACUGUUGUACACCGUGACGUAUGAGUUAUAUUGUAUUAAUGUACUAAUAAGAAUGCGAUACCUUCAGAAUUAAGUUAAAAAUUGAAAGUAUUUGACAUAUAAAAAUAUUUUUUACAUAACGAAAACG